UCAUUUCCUUACUUUGUGGUCAUUCGAUUUAUAUCGGUUUUAAAAUACUUGAACAUUUAUCUGUUUAAUUUUUACAGUUGAGAAAGCUCCUGAAUUUGAAGGAAUCGAUAUUUCAUCGGAUACAUGUGGUUCAUUGACUUCGUUUGAAGUACCCUUUUGAGUUCUUGGCUCUAGACCGUAUUGCGGAAGUUGAAUAGAUUAUACCAUUGAUUAGCUUGAGACAUUUACCAUCCCGAGAGGCUGAAAGAGAACUAAGUAGUCAAAAGGAAGAAAGGGAGGAAAGAAGUGGGAACAAUUGCAGCACUACUUCUAGUGGGAGCAUACACCAACACACACCAAUACCAAUACCAACAUCAACUGCAACUCCUAUAUACUCCUGGGACUCUAAUUCUCCAUUUGCCAGGGAACCCGGGAGAACACUUCCAGAAACCGAUUCCGACUCGACAAGUACAAUUAGAAGUCAGGAAGCAGACACUGCUACCACCAAGAAGAACCGUAUUCAAAGCAUAAAACAGCAGACGCCAACGUUCACUCACUUCCGUGCAUUUUCUCAACCAUCUCCGAGAAUCACUUCGGUCUCACACAAACCGAAACCUGAACCUCGAAAACGAAACUUAAGCACAUGUCUCGACUCUAACUUGCUGCAGAUUCCCCCCGUUAGCCAUCUCAAAUCACAAUCAUUGCCACGCGGUUAUGAAAACUCAUCUGAAAAUUCAGAAACUGGAAAUAAUUUAGAUUUCAUCGCUGGGAAAACAGUAUCGAACCCUGCUUUGGGCGAAGGCACAGUAGCUCCCAUUUUAAUCGAAAACAAAACCAGUUUAAAUUCCCAAUUAAUUUCUCCAGGUUGUGCGACAAGCAACUCAAGUAGUUACAGUACAAUUCCACUACAAAGGAAAGGCGACAAUCGUAAUCCAGUAUCUGGUUUUAAAUUGGAAUGGGAGCAAUCUCCGAGCGAAAACAGGCGUCGAGAUUUCAUUCCAUUAUCUCUUGGUAACAGUCCUGAUAGUUUCAGGCACAGAUCAGUCCAAAGCGAUCAAAAUUCACACCAGACUCCAAGUGGACAAAAUACACUGAAAGAGCUAUCUUCGCCAGUAGUUAAUAAUACAUCGUCCAACUAUUAUUCAGAGUCUACUUUGGAAAAAGAGGGGAGAGGCAAAAUCAGUUACACCUAUUCUCCCGCCGCCGGAGACAAAGGAGCCGAUAUUUACAAUAGAACUUCCGCAAACUGUUCCAUUUCACCAGUCAUAAACAACGCCAGCACUGAUGAUAAAGAGCACGAAAACAACAACCACGACCAAGAUAAUGGCAUCAACAACAGUGGUAAGAACAGCACAUUGGAGCUGGGAAGUAUUACCAACCAGAUCAACGAUAUUAUAGACAGUCUAACCCAAAAUUACACAACUAGUAAUAGCAUUACUAUCAAGUCUAAUACAGCGUCCUUCAUACUAAAUAACUCUUCAAGCGAACAACCUAGUCCCAUUGUAUCGCAAUGCGAAGUUAACCCAAAGUUCGUAUCUCUCAAAAACUUAACCUCCUCCAAAACCAACUCUACAUCAUCUUCAAGUAACAACAUAGAUUUACUUGAUAACUACACAACAUCAAAAAUGAAUGUUUCCAGUUUUCAAAGGCAGAACCAAUUGCAUAUAGAUAACAACAACAGCCGGCCAACUUCGAGGGAAAUUUCUCCUAGGCGAAGCCCCUUGCCACCUCCUAAGGUAAUGUGCUCCACCAACCCACUGUCAAUAAACCUGCACCAUACCCAAGAGCAAAAUUACCAUUUGAACACUCAGCCAACACAACAAAACUACAACUUGAACUCGCAGCCACUCGAAUCAAGUUACCAGAUGCAUACCCAGGCGACGACACACCAGAACAGUUUCAGUCUUGCCAGCAGCGGGUAUCACUCGGGCAAAGCUGAGCACUCACCGAGCUCAGCGCAAGACGACAGCAGCUUAGCCACUCAUCGGGAAUACGAUGACACGUCGCUUAAUUUUUGGUCACGCCCCAGUGGAGGUAAAACGCCCAGCGCCUCAAACACUAUCGAUUCGUCUUCAAACGGUAGUGGUAACAUGGAAAACGCGAUGGAUUUUAGCGGGAACGAAGGCAACUUUGGGGAGCUGAUGAGCGAGGUGAAUAGGGGGAGGGGUAAUUUGGAUAAUUUCGGGGUGGGAAGUGGUACGAAUAUUAAUGACGACGACAACAACAGCAGCGGCAGCAAAGACACCACUUUAUCUCACAAUACCAUAAGCUCAACGACGAACAAACAGUGCUGCAAACAGACAGUAGAAAAUAUUCUGAGCAUCAGCAGUCUUUUAGAAGACAUAGAGUCCGAAUUACAUCGCAUUUUACACGAGGCUAAGCCACACAGCAUACACAAGAGCGAGUUGUCGGAUCGAAUACACAAUGUCACCGGCUCUCAAUGCAGCAGCGGAGGAGGAACUUUAAGACGCAAGUGGGAACGAAGUGUAUUCCGCACGGACAAAAACAACUUCAACAGCAGAAGUGUAUCUGCCUCUGACGUCACAAAUUCUACCAUACGACGACCAGCAGCGGAUAUUUUUGACGACGACUAUGUUCCGUUCGACUUCCAACUGUUAGAUGUAGCGGAAAAGAUCAAAGAGGUGAACAACUUGGCCAAAGGGGUAAACUUGUCUGAAAACAUUUCCGACCGCAUUGCCAACAUCAACAGCAGGUGGCGAGAUAUUCGUUCCGACAUGCAGGGCUACAUGAUCAAGGAGAAGGACCUGGACCUUAGCUAUACCAUGAGUGCUCCCUGGAAACGAAAAGUAGCAUCAAAUGGAGUGCCCUAUUUUUUGGACACCUCGGCCAACAAAACCCAGUGGGACCACCCGCUAUUCCUCAUGCACCUUCGAAACGUCGAGGAAAAGACACGCGAAGUGCAGUUGUCAGCUUACAAAAUAGCUCUCAAAUGCAGGGCGACACAAAAAUUCUUUAUAUUAUCCCAUCUCAAAGCUGAAGAUAUUCUUGAAAUAUGUAUGGAUUAUGCAACAACGGCUGUCAUUACUGUAAGCCACCUCGAGAAAAUUCUAAAACGGAUUUACAGCGAGUUUGUCAAGGCCUCAAAACGACCUCUGGUUUCUGAUCUCCUCAUGAAUUGGAUUAUCAGAAUGUAUGAUCCCAGGAGGUCGGGUUCGCUUCGCUUCGACUCUCUACUCACUGCCUUGAUACUCAUGAGCAACUCAACUCCCUCCGAAAAAUUCUACUAUUUGUUUAAAUUAGUGGCCGAUGAACAUAUGAUUCUGGAUCAGUCAAGGUUAUCCAUUCUUCUAUACGACAUAAUUCAGGUACCUCUGAGUUUCAUUACCCCUCCCGAUUCUCCAACGGAUUCCCAGGCAUCUGGAGACUCUUCCGCCAGCAGUAUCCGAUGUUCCAGGUCCUCUUCCGAUUUCAUGAACAGUACCACCUUCAACAUCGAGGGUGCAGUCCAGUCGUGUCUCUCAUUUAAACCCAAAGCGACGCCAGAAGAACUUUGUCGCGGCAUGGUUACGAUAGAUUUACGAAACUGGAUGAGUUGGGUGAAUGAGGAACCCCAAUGUCUCGUUUGGGCAUCACUCAUUCACCGAAUCACCAUGUCGGAGGAAACGGUGCAUAAACACAAAUGCUCCGUAUGUGCUACGUACCCCAUAAAAGGGUUCAGAUACCGCUGCAUGAAAUGCUUCAAUUUCAACUUGUGCCAAAACUGUUUCUUCAUGGGAUUAAAUUACCAAUUUCAUAAACCAACACACCCAAUUCAAGAGUACUGCACUUCUCAAACAUCUAGCGAAGGGGUGCGGGUGAUGCUUACAGUUCUCAAAAAUAGGUUCAUUCCUUCGAAAUACCAAUUGGCCUACCUUCCUACAGCUAACAGUAACUUGAGCACCAACUGCGAUUUGAGGUCUUCUUCGUAUUAUGAAAUGUCCAAAGCACCACGAGAUGAAAGCGCAGUUAACGAACGCAAAAACAGUUCAAAAACUGACAAAUACGAUGAUAAUCAACUCUUGUGCUUGUCUACAAACUCAUUUCGGCCCAUCAGAGCAAAAAGCGUCGACGAUUUAGACCGACGAAACUCUUUGAACUCUUCAAAACAGGGAAGAAUUAGUAGUCUUACAGCCUACGAUCAAAACGUGAUGCAAUCAUCAUCUCCAAGCUCAAUUCUGAGCAACAAACUUCCACGAAACAAUUCCGUACUAUCAUCGUCUCAAGCUAACAAUGCAUAUACGUUGAGAAAACAGGCGUCAAAGAAUGUGCAAUUUAUUCAGACACCGGUCAACGGGAGAAAACUGUCUGAAAACAGCGGGCAAACCAAUCAACAGCAACAACAGCAGCAGCAACAACAACAACAUCAUCAACAGCAGCAGCAGCUACAACAGCAGAAUGCAAAUCAUGUUUCUUUUCACCUGUUGACCAGGUCGAAUGACUCGCUGUGCGACCAAGUGAGUGGAUCUGUUCACAUGGGGGUGCCCCCUAGACAUAACUCUGCCACGCCUUCUCUCUGCAGAUCAUCUUCCACUUUUCGUGGAAAUGGCAAAAACUAAAUAGCAAUAUAUCAUUGAGGAAUUGAACUUUAAAUUUACACGAAUAUAUUUUAUG